GGCAUCUCCACGCAGCUCCCCUUGAGCUGCCGGCCUGCCGCCUAUUAAACAAACAAAAGGAACCCAGGCGAGCAAGAGCAAAAAAACCCACCAGUCCAGCCACCUCCCUCUCCACUUGUCCAGUCCGGCCUCGCCAAUCCCACCGCCUCGAUCCAGCAGCCAUGGCCUCCCGCGCAGGACCACCGCUCCGCCGCCGCCGGGCGCUGCUCGCGCUCGCCGUCCUCUCGUGCCUGCAGCUCGCCGCGUCGCAGCUGUCGUCGACCCGGCCCCUCCCGCGCCCCGCCGCCACGGCGACAGAACCGCUGGAAGAGGUCGGCGGCGGCGUCGCGCGGCGCGCGUGCACGUACACUGUGGAGAUCAAGACGAGCUGCUCGUCCCCGCGCGCGUCCCCGGAUGCGGUGAGCCUCGCGUUCGGCGACGCGUACCGGAACGAGGUGUACGCGGCGCGGGUGUCGCCGGCUUACGGGUUCGAGCGGUGCGCCAGGGACACGUUCCGGGUCUCCGGGCCCUGCGGCUACGGCGUCUGCUACCUCUACCUCCGCCGCUCCGGCGGCGUCGGGUGGACGCCCGAGUGGGUCCGGGUGUACGAGCCCGCCUCCGCCACGCCCUCCACCUUCCACUUCGGCGACCCGCUCCCCAACGGCGUCUGGUACGGCCUCGACCGCUGCCUGCGCCGCCCCGCGGCCCGGGCGUCACAGUGAGCGCCGGAUGGGGCUUGGCUGCGCACGGCGGAAGCCAGCAGCAAGGAGGACCACUCGUCGUCACGACGCGGCUGGCUGUGAGCCUCUGACGCCAUGAUUCCUGGAGCGUGCGAGAAAUCACUUCACUGUUACAAGAAUUUUUUUUUUAUACCGAGUGGAUACAUCAUACAUCCGUGUGUAUACGCUGCAAUUACGUCAUGAAAAAACCUUGGUCGUAUUUUUUUCGAGUAAUAAGAGCGUCUGAUCAGCCACGUUUUACUGGCGGUCACAUUUUGCGA